CCCUUGUCAAGUGUCGGUUUGGUAAUUUACUAAAAUGAAAGAUAAAUUUAAAACGUUUAUGCGCGACUUUUUUCCUUCGAACGUGGAAAAGGGAGAAAUCGGUUCGGUCAAACUGAAUAUUUGGUUGGCACAAAUCACUGGUGUGCCCAUAAUAGGUCUGAAGAACGAAUCGAGUCUGAUCAAAAACCUAAUUUUGUUAUAUGGCAUUUUUACAACAACUGUAGUGACUUUCAUCUACACGGGUUUUGAAAUGUACGACUUGUAUAUGAAUUGGCACGAUUUGGAUAGUUUAACACAAAAUACUUGCCUAUCUCUUACCCAUGUCUCGGGCGCCAUAAAGACGGUUAACAUAAUUUUCCAUCUGCCACGCCUUGAGGGUGUCAUACGCAAACUGAAACAUGUCACAAAAACCUAUAUAAAAUCGGAAAAACAAUUGGUUGUUUUCUACGAUGGUGAGGUGGAGAACAAAUUGGUUCUUAGUAUUUACAUAGGCAUUGUGGGCUUUACCGGAUUCAUGGGCAUGAUAAUGUUAUAUAUGAAUCCUGAGGCUGUUGCUGGUAAAAUCUUCCCCUAUCGUGUCAUCUUGCCAGACUGGAUGCCACAACAGCUACAACUGCUCUACAUGGGUUUGAGUGUCAUUAUCUUUGCCAUACAAAUCAUUGCUGUGGAUUAUUUAAAUGUGACGAUCAUCAAUCAAAUUCGUUUUCAACUAAAUAUUUUAAAUUUGGCUUUCGAUGAUCUGAUUGUUGAGACUCAAGCGAAUAGCAGGGAAACCAAAAGUUUGGUGUUAUACAAAGAUGAUCCGGUGAAGAGAAUGGAUUCCAUAGUCGAACAUCAUUGUCUGCUAAGAGAACUACGUCAAGAAACUGAGGAUAUUUUUAGUCAACCUAUAUUGUGGCAGUUCAUGACAUCCGUUAUUAUCUUUGCCAUGACUGGUUUCCAGGCAACCGUUCGCUCCAGUGGCAGCAGUGCGGCUGUACUUAUUUAUGCCUAUUGUGGUUGCAUUUUUUGUGAACUUUUCGUUUACUGCUGGUUUGGCAAUGAAGUCUCCGAACAGAGCAAAACUCUCGGAACCAGCGGAUUUCACUCAUCAUGGUAUCAUUUUGAUCGACGUUAUGGCAAAUCUCUUCUGAUAUUUCUCACAAAUGCCCAGAGACCAUUUGUAUUCACAGCUGGUGGGUUUAUGGGCCUCUCUUUACCCAGUUUUACGGGAAUAUUAAGUAAAUCGUACUCUUAUAUUGCGUUGCUGCGACAAAUCUAUGGCAAAUGAAACGAAGAAGAACAAAGAGAACCUUGGAUGGAAUUAAGUUGGAGAUAAGGAGGAAAACGAAUGGUUCGACCAACACUCACACACACACACACACCCGCUAGCUGAUUUUACUCUCUUUAUUGUUGUUGGCACAAUCAGUCAGACAUUAACCGAUUACUGUUGUUUUAAUUAAAAUGUAAACAAAACAGUCUAAGCACAAUGUACAAUGAGGGCAAAAUACCAAGAACAAAAAUGAAAAAAAAAAUAAUAUAAAUAAAUGAAAAAUGUAUAAACAAAUAAUGAUUCAUUAUUAACAAAAUCUGAAUGAAAAAAAAAACAUUGUUUUAAUUGCUCAACAAUGUAGAUUUCCAUUUUUUAUUAUGUGCGAAAAAAUUGGGGAUUAGAAACAUGAAAUGGACACCUAAGGUCCCUGGCCCAAAUCUCCGUGGAAAAACAUUCUUAAAAGAAGCUUAAAGAUUUCUUCCUAAAAACUCUUAAAAAAGCUCUGUUAUUGAGGAAAAUCUGUGAUGAUGGGUCUGAUAGACAUCCGGAAAACCCCACACAACGA